CUCCGCACGCAGGUUUUGGGAGGCGGGCCUGGCUGGGCUCGCGGCCCGCGCCCCGCGCGUUCUGUCCUCUUUCUUGCUGUACUUUCAGCCUUUACACCUCCCGUGGCCGGAUUCCCAGACCCUGCUAAACAUUUAUCAUUUUGGAGUUUAAAGUAUGUCAUCAUGGCAAAAUUUCGAAGAAGGACUUGCAUCAUUUUGUCACUUUUCAUUCUGCUUGUUUUCUCUCUGAUGAUGGGUUUAAAAAUGCUGAGACCAAAUAAAGCUACUUUUGGAGAUCCUUUUGGACUUGACCUUCUUCCAGAAGUUCGUCAACGAACUCCUCAUUUGGAGAAAAGUUUUGAUUCCCAAAAGAAUGAUAAAAUCAACAGUGAAAUAAAUAUCAAGAAUUUAAAAAGCAUUGAAAUCACCAUGAAACCGUCCAAAGCCUCUGAACCUUACUCGGAAGAACAGCCACCUCUGAAUUAUAACUUACAUGUAUUUUAUUAUAGUUGGUAUGGGAAUCCACAGUUUGAUGGUGAAUAUAUGCAUUGGAACCAUCCAAUUCUGAAGCAUUGGAACCCUAAAAUAAGCAAGAAUUAUCCACAAGGGAAACACAAACCCCCAGAUGACAUUGGCUCCAGCUUUUACCCUGAGUUGGGAAGUUACAGCUCUCGGGAUCCUUCUGUCAUUGAAACUCACAUGAAACAAAUAAACUCAGCUUCAAUUGGUGUACUAGCCCUUUCUUGGUAUCCACCCAGUUCACAUGAUGAGAAUGGAGAGUCUACUGAUGACUUGGUACCAGCUAUUUUGGAUAAAGCUCAUAAAUAUAACCUGAAGGUCACUUUUCACAUCGAACCAUAUUACAAUCGAGAUGACCAAAGCAUGUACAAAAAUAUCAAAUAUAUUAUAGACAAAUAUGGAAAUCAUCCGGCUUUUUACAGGUACAAGACUAAGACCGGCAAUGCUCUUCCUAUGUUUUAUGUCUACGAUUCCUAUAUUACAAAGCCUGAACAAUGGGCCAAUCUGUUAACCGUCUCAGGGUCUCAGAGCAUUCGCAAUUCUCCUUAUGAUGGAUUGUUUAUUGCACUUCUAGUAGAAGACAAGCAUAAAUAUGAUAUCCUUCAAGGUGGUUUUGAUGGAAUUUAUACAUAUUUUGCCACAAAUGGCUUUACUUACGGCUCAUCAUAUGAGAAUUGGGCUAAGCUAAAAUUAUUUUGUGAUCACUUCAAACUAAUAUUUAUCCCAAGUGUGGGGCCAGGAUAUAUAGAUACCAGCAUCCGUCCAUGGAAUGCUCAGAACACUCGGAACAGAAUCAAUGGGAAAUAUUAUGAAACGGCUCUGCGUGCUGCUCUCCAAACCCACCCCAGUGUGAUUUCUAUCACCUCUUUUAAUGAGUGGCAUGAAGGAACUCAGAUUGAAAAGGCUAUUCCCAAAAGAACUACCAGUACAGUGUACCUGGAUUACCGGCCUCAUAAACCAAGUCUUUAUCUAGAACUAACUCGCAAGUGGUCUGGAAUAUACAGUAAGGAAAGAGCAACUUAUGCAUUAGAUCAAUAGCUGCCUGUUUAUUAUAGAAUUCACCUAUUUUCAGUAAAUGCCUUUUUAGUUAUAGACAGAAAACUGUAAAAAUUAAGAUGCAUUAUUACAAUUAUCUUUAAUGAAGAUAAUUUGCACUUUUUUAAAGGUAGUAAUUUUAUCAUUGCCAUGCUUCACAACACUGCACUGAGAAAAUGCCUGAGAGAACAUUGUGCAGAAACAUCCCCUGUGGCAUCAUUCGCUAAAUUUAUAACUGAAAUUGAAAUCCUGUUUUCAUAGCAAUUUAAUUUUUAUUUUAUAAUAGGUAAUUGCUUGUUACAUAAAGUAGUUAGCACACAGUUAAAUUCUACUUGUAUUCUGGGCCCAAAGAAAUAAGAUUGUGCGUAUAUUUGGUAUGUUGAAGAAAAACUGAAAAAAAUAGUGUACUAAGUUUUUUCAAUGACUCAGACAACUUUAUUGUAUUGGUGUUUGGAUUCUGGAUAAUUCUUAAGAAAAGUAAAAUCAUACCUUAAACCUUACUGUGAACCAUACUGUGUUAGGAAGACCUGCUUUCUACAGCACAAUAUAUAUCAUUUGCAGAUUUUUGGUUACCUGUAGCAUGCUAGAUGUUUUGCAUGUCUAAUGUUUCUGCUUUACAAUGCUGAACUCCAGAUUUUAGAAGCUAUAGAAAGUUAUUUUAUAAAAGUUAACAAUUGUUACUCAAGUCUUAAGAAAACUUAGUUGCUUCACAAUUAUUACAAUAAUAUAAUACUCAAAAUGUUAUCAUUUUUAGAGUAUCUUGUUAAUGUUAACUUGUUCUACUAUAUAUGUUUUAGAAUUUAAUAUUAAUCAGAGACCAACUGUUAAAUAAGAAAAAAGUGAUACUAUUUUUGGAUUGCCUUCUUUUAAUAUUUUAAGCUAUUUUUACCAAAAGUAAUAGAGAACAUUUACUUAGCUUUUUUUAGAUUUUAGGGACAUGGAAAUAAAAAUUCCUUUAUAUCUUAAAUUUUUUCCUGAAGUUUCACAUUUGAUUAAGUUUAACAAUUAAUGAUGGAAAUCUUUUAUUUAAAAGACAAUAUUUUAAAUUAUUGUAUAAAAUUCCUAUUUAAAAACAUUAUACUUUUAUGGUUCUUACGGGUUAAAUGCUUGUGAUCAAUUAUUUGUCAUAUUGUGACAAAUUUAUCAAUCACCUGUAUGAUAAAAAUGAAUCUUUUUACUUUAAAAACUAAAGAAUGCAUUCUAUUAUUAUAGUUAAUAUUUGUAACGAGAACUAAAAAUCAUAUAUGCUCUUACAUGAAUAUUAUUUCUUAGAUAUUCUAUUAAAGCAAUAGGGUAAUACUAAACAAUAAUGCAUAUAUAUCUUCAGAGUAUGAAGACACUCAUACAGAAACAAGUUAGCAGUGAAAUUUAUUUUUCAGCAGUGUUUUUGAAGUAAAAUGUGUUUUUUAAAAAGAGGCAUGAUUGUCAAACUUAUUUAUAGCUUAAGAAUUUGCUGUUCCUUAGAAUGAUCAUGCCACAGGAAAUUAGUACAAUAGUAAUAGUCUACUUUCUACAAGUAAUUACAAGAAAAAAUCACUAUGCUGAUAUAACCAUCUUCAUACGAACACUCAUACAGAUAUAACCUGUGGAUUUUUUUUUUCUUAUAUCCAGUUAGCCACUAUAUAUUUUCUUAGGGAUAAACUCUAAAUGUCAUACCUAAUAAUAGUUUAUAAUGUACCAUGUUUUAUUAAAAUUUAGAGAAAUAUCUACUACAGAGGUAUAUUUGAACCCACUAUGAAACAAAAUUAAUUUUAUGAAAUAGUUCUAAGAUUCAGGGAAAGUGUAUAAAAACAUGGUCGGCAAAUCCUCAACGUGGAUAGCACCACUUCCUAUCCUACUCCUACUGGAGACAGAUAAUCUACUACAGUACAGUUUACCUUUGACCUUUGUUGUGGUUCUAGCAUAUUACCCCAACCAGCCAGUAAGAGUCAUUCACGUUUCAAAGUAAAAUAAAACAUUCUGUUUUCAUUGCAGAAAGUUAUCAAGGGAAGAAUGUUUGGAAUCUGAGCACAUAAUAGUUUACUAAUUUAUAAUUAUAUGAAUGUUAUGUUUCUUUUCUCCUGUUUUUAAAAACAGGUUAUUAGGCAGAAUUCUCUCUAACAGUUUUAUUAUUCUUAGGGAGGAAUGCUUCAGAAUCUUCCUCAGGUAUUUAUUACAGCUGAGUUGCCUUUACCAUUUGACUUGUAGCACCAUUUAGAUCAUCAUGAUCACAAGCAAAUAAGAGCAAAGAAUUGAUUUCCUAAUUAUAAAAACUAUAGGUUUGCAAAGAAAAAAGUGUAAUAUAUGCAAUGCAUGAAUCAUAACGAAUUCUUUUAUGAUUUAAGUGGUCUACAUGUUUUGACUGUGAAGACACCAAAUCUUUCCUUCAUUGUUUCUCUUAAAGAUUAAUAUUGUCAAAAACUGCUGUUAUUAGUGUUUAUAUCAGUUACAUGUUAACUUUUUUCUGUUUUAAAAGAGUAAUUAAAAGAUGACUAUUUUGUUAUAUAAAGUAGUUAACUUUAAUCUAAUAAAAGCAUACAUGAAAUAUAUUGUAUCUUAGAUAUAAACAUUUUUCUAUUUAUGAAAUAUUUGAUUUCUGACCAACAGAUGAAAAGUAGAAUUCAGUCACACUUUUUGUAUAUUUUCUCUUUCAAGAUAUGUAGCACUAACAAAGUAGAUAUCUUGAACUGUACAUACUUUUUAAAUGUGAAUUUGUUAUACACAUACACAAAAGUUUUUUUUUCUUUUUUUCUUUUCUUUUUUAAUUUGGGAGAUGUUUUCUUAUUUUUUUUUUAUUCUUUGGAUAUAAUCGUAUAUUAGCUCUGACAUCCUUUAGGAAAUUGAUCUUCCGCUAAAACAGCAAAGAUAAUAAGCUGCCUGAAAACCUAAGUUCAUAACCUUUUGCUUUUUCAAACUGAUCAUUUAUUUCAUUUAAACACGAUGACUGCUCUUAAGUUUUAUAGCAUCUACAGAAACAAUCCUUGAAAGUCUAUAUCUAAAUUUUGAGUUAAGGUUGACACUCUCAUGUCCCAUAGCAUAGAAGCUACAUACUUUAUUUAUGAUCAGCAAAAUUUCAGUUAUUUUUACAAAUAUUUAAAAUUUUUAAAUUUAAAAAAAACAAUUGACCUAGCCACAAGCAAAAGGAAGUUUUUUUGGCUCAGAUAGUCCUUUUUUAAAAACUGUACUCCAAAUUUAAUUUUAUACUGACAUAUAGCCACAUAAAAGCUAAAUGUUAUUAUAUGCUUAAUGUAAGGUUAUUGUUUUUGAGAAUUUAGGUACUGCAUUGGCUUAAUUACAGAGACUCAUUCAUUCUCGGUCAAAUUAUAAAACUUAGUGGUAGUGCUUUUAUAUUGCAGCUGUCAAUGGAGCGGGGUGGGGGGGCAUUUUUCAAUAUAAUUAGCUUUUGUUAUUAUAAUUACUAUUUAAUUUAUGGCAUCAAAAGACAAAAUAAUUUGAGACCUAAUAAACAAAUAGUCAUAGAUCUAAAAUUUACUAAAAUCAAAAUAUAGUGGCACUUUUUCUAUUGAAUGUUCAUUUAAAAGUAUUGUAUAUAUUGGAUUUCAAGUUCCUCAAUUUAUAUAAAGAACAAUAAAUUUAAAUAUAAAGAUAAAGUCUUUUAGAAGCUACUCCAUUGAAAUAACUAUUUCAUGACACAAAACAAUGACGACUAUGGUAAGAUAAUUCUACAUGUAAUUCAACUUAUGGUAUAGGAUUGUGUGAUCAUGCUUUUGUGUUUUUGUUUUUUACUUCGAAAUAGUUAAAAAUCUGAGCAAAUAUCAUUGUAAACAACUCUAAGUGACAAACCAGCUACUCAUUCACAUUGAAAUGCAUUUAUGUCUGUGUAUAAAAGUACUUUUAAGUCAGUUUUAUAAAACAUUAUCAAACCAUUAUAUCACCAUGUUAAUUUGGUAAUUGGUCUAAUGUAAUGUGAUCUUUACCCUGAUCUCAAAAAUAUCAAAUGCAAAAGAGAAUAUUUAGAAGAAAUUCAAUCGUAAUACAUGCAGUAACUUUAGGAAUCUAUGUUUGAACAGUCACCUAAGUGUAGCAUGCCACUUUUAUUUGUACAUACUAAAUUUAUAUUUAUUAAAUACCACUGUACUCUAUAUCAAUUUUUAAUUACCCAGACUUAUUUUAACCAAAUGGUAGCCUAUUAAUCCAUUAACAUUAAAAUGGAGCAGUCUAAUCUCUGACUACAUGUAAAAAGUCAAUUGCAAAUCUGAUUGCUAUACUCUUGAAAAUUUGCUUUAUUGCUAUAUUUAAUUAUAGUACAUUCUUGAAAAUUAUGUUUUUAGAUAUUUUAUAAGAAAAAUAUUUUGUGACAAUGAUAUGAACAGUAACCAAACUCAAAUUCUAUUUCAUUUUUUCUCAUAUGAGUAUUAUGUGUUUGUAGCUAAAGGCUUAAUUUAAUUUCCAAAUAAAAUGUUCUGUUAAUGCA